CACGUGCUGAGAAACCCCUCCUUAGUGGGCUCUGGCCCCCAAUGUAGCUGCCUUCCUGUGCCACCAACUCUCAGUUCCAUGGACAGAGUCCCAAUGGGCUCCCUUCAGCACUGCUGUGGCCAGCUGCCUAAGAUGGGUGACACCUGGGCCCAGCUUCCCUGGCCCGGGCCCCCCCACCCAACUAUGCUGCUGGUCUCCCUCCUCUUGGCUGCUGGGGUGAUGCACUCGGAUGCUGGCACCAGCUGCCCGGUCCUUUGCACAUGCCGUAACCAGGUGGUGGACUGCAGCGGCCAGCGGCUCUUCUCGGUGCCGCCGGACCUGCCAAUGGACACCCGCAACCUCAGCCUGGCCCACAACCGCAUCGCUGCUGUGCCGCCUGGCUACCUCACAUGCUAUGUGGAACUCAGGGCACUGAACCUGCGUAAUAACUCCCUGAUGGAGCUGCCCGCCGGCCUCUUCCUCCACGCCAAGCGCUUGGCACACCUGGACCUGAGCUACAACAACCUCAGCCACGUGCCGGCCGACAUGUUCCAGCAGGCCCACGGGCUGGUGCACAUCGACCUGAGCCACAACCCCUGGCUGCGGAGGGUGCACCCCCAGGCUUUCCAGGGCCUCGUGCAACUCCGAGACCUAGACCUCAGCUAUGGGGGCCUGGCCUUCCUCAGCCUCGAGGCCCUGGAGGGCCUGCCGGGGCUGGUGACCCUGCAGAUCGGCGGCAACCCUUGGGUGUGCGGAUGCACCAUGGAGCCCCUGCUGAAAUGGCUGCGGAACCGGAUCCAGCGUUGCACAGCGGAUUCUCAGCUGGCUGAGUGCCGGGGCCCCCCUGAAGUCGAGGGUGCACCACUCUUCUCACUCACCGAGGAGAGCUUCAAGGCCUGCCACCUGACCCUGACCCUGGAUGAUUACCUCUUCAUCGCGUUCGUGGGUUUCGUGGUCUCCAUCGCCUCCGUGGCCACCAACUUCCUCCUGGGUAUCACAGCCAACUGCUGCCACCGUUGGAGCAAGGCCAGCGAAGAGGAAGAGAUCUGAUGUGGGUGCCUCUCAUCCCUCCAUGCUGCCACUGCUGCUGCCCGCCGGACACUCUCUGACCGCUCACUCUGGUUCCACAGUGCCCUGGCCGCCUCAGUGAUGGCAGGAACAAGGUCAGGAAAUCAUCUUCACAUGAGCAUCUGCCUUGGGCCAGGCACUAUGCCAGGACCCAGGAGCAGCAGACGAAUCAGCCAGUCCCUACCCCCAGAGCACUUACCUCUGACAGAGGAGAGAGAUCCCAAAUCUUUUCCCCUUAAGACGAUUUGUCAGGACUCUGAGCACAUAGUUAUGGAAGGCCAGAGAAGAAGCCGUCAGCUGGGUCCCACCAAGUCCAAGAAAAUUGCAAGAAUGAAGUGAUCUGUGAGCGAGGUCAUCAAGAAAUUGUCAAGUAUACAAAGAAGGGCAUCACAAAUAACAAAGCCCAGAAUGUACGUUGUGUGCUGUGUUGAGACAAGUGAACAGUCCCUGGUCACUUAAGUGUCCAGAAAGGGUGUGGCACAGAACCAAAACUUUCCCUCCAACACCCAAAUUGUCAGCUCUCAGCACUGCCAGCCACUGCCUCCUGGGAGUGAGAAUGCCCCCAUGCUUCCACCAGCAGCAAGUAGGUGAGACCACCUUCCAGUGACUGCCCCCCAUACGACAUCACCAAUUGCCACCUGCUGGUGAGGUCCCAGGCAGCAGGUUGAAGACGGGUACCUUCAAUGCUCUUUCUCCUCCCUCUCACUCCAACUUUGGCUUUGGAAGAAACAGGAGACCUGGCAACUGGGGUAGUGAGAGUCCUGGUCCCUGGGACCCCCGUCACGUGGCCGUUCUUGCCAGAGUGCUCACGCCGAGGGACCUCAUCAGGAAAGCGCACUGUGUGGGCCACAGACCCAUAGCCUGGCAGUACCCGGGGCUGAAGGAGGACAAAGCCAGCACAGUCAUGACCGUAGGAGGGUUUGCAUUUUCUUUUUUCUUUUCCACAACCCACCCACUUAAGCACAAGGGUGAGAGAGCUGUUAAUUGCUGGACCCUCACCAGUGCCGGACACUGUGAUAAGCUCUCUCCACAGACAAUUCCCUUUUGCACACAUAACCAUCUUUUGAGGCGAACAUCGUUGUUCCCAUUUUACAGAUGAGUCGAUUAAGACUCAGAGAGGUUAAAGGCAUAGGCCACUUGAUGAGCAAGAUAAAGUCUGUGUUCUUUCCACUGUUCCCUCCAAGCUGGGGGAACAUCAAAAUUCCCUCUAAAGUUACAUAAAUUCAAAUUCAAGUUGUGCUAACAAAGUUGGGGCCAGACACUGCUCUGGGCACUUUUAUAUCUAUUGACUCGUCUAUUUCAUUUCUCAUAGCAACACUACCUGGCGGCUUUUAUUCUCCCCAUUUUUCAGGUGAAUUAAUAGUAGAGAGUUGAGGGACUUGCCCAAGUUUGUCUGGAUAAAACCUAGAAGGAAGGCGAUAGACAGCUCCAUUCAGGGAAACGGCGUCUAAUCGGUCAGCCAAAAAUCAAGUAACCUUAUGAGCAAAGCACAAUUAUCACCAUCGUUGACAUCACCUCCAUCUUCAACGUCAGUUUCGUCAGCGCAUCAUCUUCGCUGUGUUGGUUCAGCACUGGAUAGUUAACGAAUGCUUUUGCAUCCUCCUCUGUGACUUUUCACAGCCCUGUGCAGGCGACAAACCAAACAUCAGUAAUCCUGGUUUACAGAUGAGAAAGCAGAGAUUGCAUAUGACUUGCCUGCUUGGGAUUCGACUCCGACACAGUUUUCUUUCCAGUGUUUUUCCACGUGCUUGGGGAAAACAAGCCUCGGAGGGCUGGACUGCGGGGCCCUAGAAUUCAGCAGCCAUGAUCAUGCUAGAAGAUCCACUAAGUAAAACACAGCACAAUCCAGCCACUGUACAGAUUUAGCUACGCUCACGGUAGGCAGGGAAAAUCACAGCCUCUGUAUGGCUGACAUCUGAAUGGGAGACACCUGCUUUACGAUGUGUAAAUAAAGCAUUGGAGCUCAUGGCCAUCAUGGCAGUCCUGUGAAAAAAUAAGCAGAAAAGGAAGCUGAGUUAACCACUCCUACUCAAGCCCUGCUGUGCUGUGUUCCAAGAGAUAACAAGAGUCCAAGAAAGCCACAGUGAGAGCCUCUGCAGUUUAGGGAGAGAACAUCAGGCAUACUGGCAAGGCUGGUUCAGAGGAGAAUUCAAAAGAUGCUUUCUGCCUUGCCCCCAGCACCAGCCGCAGUUCCUUGCCCCAUCCUCCUGGCAAGCCUGAAAGGAAGGAAGGAGGAUAACACAUCGUCUUCCAAGAAGUAAGUCAUCCUUCACUCAUCCUUUCCUGAGCUAGUCAACCAAAAGAGUCUUCAGAAACUUUGCUAGUCCUGAGGUACUUGAACCUGUGUCCCCAAAUCUUGCUUACAGCAUCUGCACCAGAGCCCUGCCCCUGUGACAACCGAAGCAGAACUGUGCCCUGCUCUCUUCUUUCACUAUGACCAAGGAUGGCAGACAGGCUGUUCUCACCAGUCCAGCUGACAACCUAAAUACUUGGAGAGGAACUUUUAGAAAUAAUAAUCCUGACAAAAUAGGUAAGCUCCCCAUAAAGGAAUACCAUAUACAUCUAUAAUAAUCUCCUAGGGACUCUUGUUUGCUGAAAUAUAGCUAAUAUAUUUUAAGGUAUGUACUUUAUUUUUUGCAUAGAGCUAGAAUCAGACAAGACACCAAAUUCCGCUUGAGAUCAAAUGUCUUUUCUAGUGGGACAAUUUAGUCUCUACUAAGAGCAAACCUUUCUGAGCAGGAUACAUGACUUUUGAAGGUCAGGUGUUUUUGUAGCUGCUAGAAGGUCCCCAGUUAACAACAGCACAAUAAAGGAGGAAUUCAACUUCCCUACAGUCAAGGAAUUCUCUGCUUCUCCCAACACCACCACCGUCUUGUUUAGGCAAUCAGAAGCAAGUUUCUAGAGGGAAUCUAGCAAUCCAGAUUGGAACUGCUCUUACAGCCCUGGUGACCCCAAAGCCAUGAUGGUGUUCCCACAAGGUUUCAUUCAGUUUGUCCAGACAGGUCAGCAUGCAUGUGAUGGGGUAUCUCUGCAACUGUGUAUCUGUCUGUGAGUUUCCUUAUAUGUUGGUUAACUGCUGACAUGGGGCAGAUCUCUCUGGAAUUGGAUCCAGUUCUCUGACACAGUCCACUCAGCCAUUUGGCUAUUGCAUUGUUUAAUAGAACAACAUGGAAGCCCACCUAGUCCAGGGUGGAAGUGAAAGCUCAGAAAACACAAAAAAGGAAAACUCGGUGGCAGAGGCAUCCUAAGGAGAAUCUGACUUUCCCUCGCUUCCCUCUGUUCCCUCCUGCCCCUCGGAGACUUGUCAUCAUCACAGAAGCUUCCUCCAUGCUGGGCCCAAGGAUAUCCAAGUUUAGCUAACCAAAAGGACUAUGAUGUUCAAGGUUUGGGCCAAAAUAAUUCUUCCUUAGAAAAGCUCCCAUAUCCAAACUACAC